UUCAAUUCAACUGAAGAAAAGUAAUUCUAACAGGGAAAUCAGAAAGAUCGAGAUCGAGUCAUGGCGGGUGGAGGCGGAACUGGUAUCUCCCUUGAAUACACUCCGACAUGGGCGGUUGCCGUAGUUUGCUUCUUCUUCAUCUCCAUCUCCAUUAUUCUAGAGCAAUUUAUCCAUCUCCUUACCAAAUGGCUAAGGAGACAUCGGAAAACAGCGUUGAACGGCGCAGUGGAGAAACUUAAAUCAGAGUUGAUGCUUCUGGGGUUUAUGUCGCUCAUACUGGCAGUAACUCAAGAACGCAUUUCUAAGAUAUGCAUAUCUGCAAAAGCUGCGGAAACCAUGCUUCCAUGCCGGAAACAGGACACUUCGCAAUCUAUCAAAUUAAUUGUCCGGAGUUUGAGAUCGAUGAAUACUAUUUUGUGGCAACCACAUCGGCGGCUGGAUGACGACGAGGGUACGACAACUACAAGUGACGACGCCGGUGCAGUUGCUGCAGAUUCUUGCCCAGAGGGAAAGGUUGGGUUUAUGUCGCAAGACGGGAUCCAUCAGCUUCACUUAUUCAUUUUCGCGCUAGCUGUCAUGCAAAUCGUGUAUUGUGUUCUCACUAUGGCUUUGGGUAGGGCCAAGAUGAGACGUUGGGAAGCUUGGGAGAAAGAAACCCAAACAACCGAAUACCAAGUUGCAAAUGAUCCUAAUCGGUUCAGAUUUGCAAGGCAAACAACAUUUGGAAGAAGACACAUGACUACUUUUACAGACACAACGUUCCAGCUGUGGAUUAAAUGUUUCUUCAGACAGUUCUUUCAUUCCGUAGCAAAAGUUGAUUAUCUCACUCUCAGACAUGGCUUUAUCUCGGCUCACAUGUCAGCCAAGAACGACAAUUACUUCAAUUUCCAAAAAUACAUUCAGCGAACUUUGGAAGAAGAUUUCAAGGACGUGGUUGGCAUCAGCCCUAUAAUGUGGUUUCUAGUCGUUAUCCUCUUGCUCGUGGAUGUUUACGGUUGGCAUGUAUAUCUCUGGCUAUCCUACGUUCCUCUCCUGGUAGUUCUGGUUCUGGGAGCCAAACUUGAAGUCAUUGUGGCAAGAAUGGCUCUUCAAAUCAAAGAGCAGGGAAAUGUAGUUAGAGGAACCCCUCUUGUUAGACCAAACGAUAGUCUCUUCUGGUUCGGGCAGCCAGGAUUUGUCUUAACUCUUAUACAUUAUACUCUAUUUGUGAAUGCAUUCGAGCUGGCCUUCUUUAUCUGGGUCACGAUACAGUUUGGUUUCAAUUCUUGUUACCACGAGCAAAUUGGGAUCAUUUCCACCAGGAUUGUGCUAGCGGUGGUAGUUCAAGUACUUUGCAGCUACAUCACUCUUCCUCUCUAUGCACUUGUUACACAGAUGGGAUCAAAUUACAAAAAUAAGGUAGUGGAAGAUCAAAUGGCCAUAAUUAUGAAGCAAUGGCACGCCGAAGUGAGGGAGAGAAGGAAGAAGCAAGAACAAUUCCUUGCAUCUCCUGCUCGCACUUCUUUGUCAACGGAAUGGAGCCCCAGGAGGAGUAGCGUCAAUGAAGUUUCUGCUUUCCUAAGACCCACAUCUCUGCCGAGCGACAGCAUACACAAAGGUGAAAUCGUGGAAGAAGACGAAGAGGCAGUUGGCUCGUCUAGACGCCCAUCCCGGGCUGUCAUACUAGAACUGCCGACAAUAAAAAGACAGUAAAUAUCAAGCGUGCGGUUUAAUGUUGUUGUAUCAAACGGUGCAGUGUUGAUAUCACGUGAUAAAUAUAUUGACAUGCAUGCCAUUCAAAAUAUUUAAAUGAUGUGAUAUCAUUAUACACUAUUAGAUGCAACAACAUUAAAUCUUGAUCAUGGAGAGAAUUGUAUUAUGCACCGUACAUUAUAGUUUUCAAAUAAUUAAUUAUUUUGUAAUUUACAUUGAUUAUAUGAAAAUGAUUUUGUAGAGGA